AAUCCUGGUCUUCCUUAUUUGGAUAACAGGGUUGUGGAUUUCACGGUACUGAGCAGUCUCCUAGUGAUAGACGCAAAACUUUUGAAGAAACCUUAGUGUAAUCAAGCUGGGGAAAAAAACAUUGAAAGGGAAAAGGUCAAAGUGAAAACAGCUGGACGGUUGAAGGGAGUGGACCAGCGAGACGCAGAGACGGAGAGACGGAGAUAAGGCUGUGGCAACAGGGAGACAUUGAGAGGAAGCACAUGGUGUAAAAUGCCGACUAGUUUCACUGUGGUCCCCGUGAAGGACAACUCGGAAAAGGCAAAAGAGAGGAUUGAAGAGGAGGAUGGCAAUGACAACAAUGAGUUGGAAGAGAAUCAGGACACUGCAGGUGACGGUGUCCCAAAGGAAAAUAGUCCCUUCAUCAACAACACAGACAAUGACAAAAGCAACAGUUACGAUGGCACCAACAUGGCACUUUUUGAGGAGGAGAUGGACAGCAACCCAAUGGUGUCAUCACUUCUCGAUAAACUUGCCAACUACACAAAUCUCACCCAGGGAGCCCAGGAACACGAGGAGGCUGAUGACGAUGAGGGCUCCAAAAAGAAAGCUGUCAAGAGUCCUCAAAUGGGAACCUUCAUGGGCGUCUAUCUCCCCUGCCUCCAGAACAUUCUGGGGGUGAUCCUUUUCCUUCGCCUUACCUGGAUUGUCGGCACGGCCGGCAUUUUAGAAUCUUUGGCUAUUGUUGGCUUGUGCUGCUCAUGUACAAUGCUGACAGCCAUAUCCAUGAGUGCGAUUGCUACAAAUGGCGUUGUGCCAGCGGGAGGCUCCUACUAUAUGAUUUCCAGAUCACUCGGCCCUGAAUUUGGUGGAGCUGUAGGUCUCUGUUUCUACCUGGGUACAACUUUUGCGGGCUCCAUGUACAUCCUGGGUACUAUUGAGAUACUAUUGACCUACAUUGUGCCUAAGGCGGCCAUCUUUGUGGCAGAAAAGAAGGAGGAUGAAGGUGAAGCCCUCCUGAAUAACAUGCGCGUCUACGGUACGUGCUGCCUUACACUGAUGUCCGUGGUUGUCUUCGUGGGAGUCAAAUAUGUCAACAAACUCGCCCUGGUCUUCCUGGCUUGCGUCAUACUCUCCAUCCUUGCCAUCUACGCCGGAGUCAUUAAGACUAUCUUCGAGCCACCCGACUUCCCUGUUUGCAUGUUGGGAAACCGCACCUUGCAGAACCACAACUUUGACAAGUGUCUUAAAGAGGACACGAUCGGUAAUUUGACUACAACCACCCAGUUGUAUAAGCUCUUCUGUAACGGACCCAAUGCUACCUGCAAUGAGUAUUUCCUCAACAACAACGUGACCCAGAUUCAAGGAAUCCCUGGACUUAUCAGUGGAGUUAUUUCAGAAAAUAUGUGGUCGGAAUAUGGCCCGCUGGGUAUGUUGGUUGAAAACAAGAAGUUGUCUUCUGUCGGAGGAAGUGAUCCCACUCAGGACAUCUAUCUUCCCUAUGUCGUCAAUGAUAUUGCCUCCUUCUUCACUCUACUUGUUGGGAUCUACUUCCCUUCUGUCACUGGUAUCAUGGCCGGUUCUAAUCGAUCAGGUGAUUUGCGGGAUGCCCAAAAGUCCAUCCCAGUUGGAACCAUCCUGGCUAUAUUUACCACCUCUAUCAUAUAUUUCACCUGUGUGGUGCUAUUUGGUGCUUGCAUCGAGGGGGUGUUACUUCGAGACAAGUUCGGCGACUCUGUUAAAGGCAACCUUGUUAUCGGCACGCUGUCAUGGCCUUCACCUUGGGUCAUUGUGAUCGGCUCCUUCUUCUCCUGCUGCGGCGCGGGACUCCAGAGUCUGACCGGCGCCCCCCGCCUACUGCAAGCCAUCGCACGAGACGGCAUCGUACCUUUUUUACAGGUUUUUGGUCACGGAAAGGCCAAUGGAGAACCGACUUGGGCUCUCCUACUAACCGGUGCGAUCUGUGAGAUUGGAAUUCUCAUCGCCUCGUUAGACGCCGUGGCUCCAAUACUCUCCAUGUUUUUCCUCAUGUGCUACCUGUUUGUCAACUUGGCCUGCGCACUUCAGACUUUACUGCGAACACCAAACUGGAGACCACGGUUCAAAUAUUACCACUGGGCUCUGUCUUUUCUGGGAAUGAGCUUGUGUUUGGCUCUCAUGUUCAUUUCAUCCUGGUAUUAUGCCAUUGUUGCCAUGGUCAUCGCUGGCUGCAUCUACAAAUACAUUGAAUACAGAGGGGCGGAGAAGGAAUGGGGCGACGGUAUCCGCGGCCUUUCGCUCAACGCGGCCCGUUUCGCCCUCAUUCGUCUCGAGGAGGCUCCUCCACACACCAAGAACUGGAGGCCUCAGUGUUUGGUGCUGCUGAAUUUGGACUCGGACCAAGCGGUCAAGCAUCCUCGCCUGCUCUCGUUCACCUCUCAGCUGAAGGCUGGGAAAGGUCUAACCAUCGUGGGAAAUGUAUUGGAAGGAACUUUUCUCACCAAAGAUGCUGAAGCAAAGAAGGCCGAGCAGAAUAUAAAGUCAUCCAUGACAGCGGAGAAGACCAAGGGCUUCUGCCAUGUUGUCGUUUCUUCCAACCUCAGAGACGGAGUCUCUCAUCUUAUUCAGUCAGCCGGGCUGGGAGGCAUGAAGCACAACACGGUCCUAAUGGCCUGGCCGGGAACCUGGAAGCAGUCCAAUGACACGCAGUCGUGGAAGAAUUUCAUAGAGACGAUACGAGAGACCACAUCUGCCCACCAGGCCUUGCUCGUAGCGAAAAACGUGGACAGCUUCCCCACCAACCAAGAGCGCUUGGGUGAGGGAACCAUUGAUGUGUGGUGGGUGGUCCACGAUGGAGGCCUGUUGAUGCUUCUUCCUUUCCUGCUACGACAGCACAAGGUGUGGAGAAAGUGCAAGAUGCGCAUUUUCACCGUGGCCCAGAUGGAUGACAACAGCAUACAGAUGAAGAAAGAUCUCCAGACGUUCCUUUACCACCUGCGGUUGAACGCCGAAGUUGAAGUGGUGGAAAUGCAUGAUAAUGACAUCUCAGCCUUCACCUAUGAGAAGACGCUCGUGAUGGAGCAAAGGUCUCAGAUGCUGAAACAGAUGCAGCUCUCCAAGACCGAAAGGGAACGAGAGAUUCAGAGUAUCACUGACGAAUCACGUAACUCAAUCCGGAGGAAGAACCCAGGUGCUGCCGAGGGCGCAAGCCUCAGCCGGGAGUCCUCUCCCACGGAGGACACGCAGGAGGAUGAGGCCCAGCUGAUCCACGAUCGAAACACGGCCUCCCACUCCAUGAACGACAAGUCCGAAACGCUCCCCGAUCGGGUCCACAUGACCUGGACCAAGGACAAACUUUUCACCGAGCGUAACCGCAACCGCGAGUGCAACUCCAACGUGGCCAUGCGAGACCUCUUCAACAUGAAGCCAGAGUGGGGGAGCUUGAACCAGUCCAACGUCCGCCGCAUGCACACAGCCAUCAAACUGAAUGAGGUGGUGGUCAACAAGUCACAGGGAGCCCACCUGGUUCUCCUCAACAUGCCUGGACCACCCAAGAACCGAGGAGGAGAUGAAAACUAUAUGGAAUUCCUCGAGGUUUUACUUGAGGGUCUGAACCGAGUCCUCCUUGUCCGAGGCGGUGGGCGGGAAGUUAUAACUAUUUACUCUUAGAGAGAGUGGGUAGGAAAAAAACAAAACUCCCACCCCAUUUUGUAUAUUAUGGGCCGCCCCGCCUUGGAUAUAAAUCACCAGGCGUUUAUUUUGAAAAGGAGGACGCUUAAUCGGGUUAGGAUGGAAUGGCGGAAUCACUAGGGAUGGAUGGCUAGUCAGCAGGUCCUUGGGAACGGAGAUGUUGUGGGCUUAUGAGCGAGCGAGCGCAGUGCGCAAAACAAAAAUAGAGCAUAGACACUUUAUCUUUUUCACUCAACUCAUGACGAGGUCAUUUUGUUUUUCCGACUUCUUCCCCUCGUUGUUGUCAUGUCGUCAACACUCAAUGUUGUGAUGUUGAUCCUUGGAGUGACUUUUACUCCGGGAGGCACAAGAGAAUUUUGUGUGCUUGGUGAAAUGAAGCUUCAUGCUGCAAGCUCUGUGAUUGGUGACCCCGCCCGCCCUUUGCUGGCUUUUGUAAGUUAUACAUACGCAGACAAACUCAGUUAGAGCUUCCAUUCCUUUAUUGGAUGAUGUCAUCAUUGGCUUUGACUGCAUUUUAAACAAAAGCACAAAUACACUGACAAACUUUUGCACUAACUGUAAUCUUUAAAGUUUGCGUCGUGGCUAGCUCACGUCAGAUCGACACUAUUUACCGCUGGUGUAAUAUUUUUUGGUGCAAUUAAAUUGUUAGUUAAUCAAGCUUUGAGCACCCGACUGAAUUAGCAUUGUUUAGCUCAAUAGACGUAAGAGCAAGUGCCAAAAUAAUUUGAGAAGAAACUGUGUCUUAAUGUUUCGCCCUCCCCCAGUCAUAAAAAUCGAUUUAUUCUAAAAGUGUUACUCAGCAAAUGCAGCUCUCAAAAGAAAAGAAAAAUACUCCAGUGUCAUUUAUCCCUCCGCAGUUUCUAUCAAUUAGCAGUAUUUUUUUCUUUUUAAUGAAAGUAAUAAAAGUUGUAAUUUCCUGCAGAUGUUGGCUUGAAAAUGUUCAACUUUGUCCAGUGAUCAUUAUCACAUCUUUGUAUGUUUUAUUGUGUUUUGUUCGGUUGUUAUCGUAAUGGUCUAGCCGUAGUUUUUUCUUACGUGAACUGAACUUCUGUUACUUUGUGUGUCUGUUGAUUUUUAUCAAAAGUGGCAGGAAGAGGAAGUGUGUGUAAAUGAAGACAGCUCCAUUUUGCAGUACGGCUUUUAGUUUGUAGGGUUUUUUUUAACCCACCAGAAAGGCAACUUUCACUUUUGAAGUAAACAGGGUACAUGGUGUUGAUUUUGACAUUGUUACAGUCUAUAUUUGUCCUGAUUAACCUCAAAGAACAUUUCUAGUUUUGGAAAAUUAAAAAUCACUUUAUCAAUGUUUAUUUUUGUUUUUAAUUCCAUUACUGAGCUCAGUAGCACUCACAUGUGAUCAUAUCACUUACCUUGACGGUGCAAAAAGUUCAACGGGGUGGCAAAGUUGCAUUUCACAAGCGAAGAGAGAACUGGGAGGCGACUGGAGAAUGUUAUCUACCUCAAAGGUGUCAAGAAGGCUUGAAGAUAAAAAGAAAAUAUGUGGAAACACAUUGCAGUUUUACUAAGGAGGGAAAAACGGAAGGAAAAAAAGCCUCGGCUGUGUGAGGCGAGUGGCAGAAUUGUGUGUUUGUGUGCGUGUAUAUGUGUGUUCUGAAAAGUGAAGAAACUGGAACAGGAACUCACUUUGUGGGAGCACACGUAGAAACGGUAGCCCUGUAAAUUAUAUUUGUGCCUCUCUGAGUAACUAUUAAAAGUGCUGAAAUAAA